AUGCCCCCUAAGACAAAGCUACCUCCAAACUUCGACCGGUACGACGGGACAAGAGACCCUGAGGACCAUCUCCAUGCCUUCAGGGGUGCAGGGCAGUUGGGAAGGUGGCCCAUUCCGGUUUGGUGCCACAUGUUUGUGCAGACCCUGACGGAAGGAGCCAGGCUUUGGUUUGACAGCCUUCCUCCCGGGGGGAUUGACAGCUAUGAAGAGCUAAGUGAAAAGUUUCUGAGGAACUUUGGUCAACAAAGAAAAGUGGUCAAGAACCCAAAAAAAAUCUUGCAUAUAAGGCAGAGGGACAAUGAGCGAAUAGAUCAAUACAUGGAGAGGUUUGUCAAGGAAAGCAUGAACAUCAAGGACGUCCCGGAGGUCAUGAAGAUCAGCAGUUUCAUUAACGGGUUAAAGCAUGCACAACUAUGCGAGAAGCUAGGGGGGGAGUUCCCACACUCAUUUGACAAUCUCAUGGACAGAGUCAGAGCCUUUGUCAGGGGCAAAGACACAGUUAGCAAAGCUAAGGAGAUGGACACCCCACUCCGAAGAGUCAACCCAGCUGCAAAACCUCCCGAAAAAGGUACACCUUACUCAAGAAAACCAGCUUUUAAUAGAAUGUAG